AUUUCACGGACUCAAAUCCAACACGACGUCGUUUCCUCCAAGCCCCUACUGCCUUUUAAAUCCUCCGCCUCCCGCACUAGCGGAACUGACAAGAACACCAACAAGAACCAAAGCCUUGACCUUUCCGAAACGACAAGGAAAACCAACAGCAGCAACAACAUGGGAAGCGAGGGUUGUGCCGCUUCGAGGAAACCCAGGUUCCUCUGCCUUCAUGGGUUCCGAACCAGCGGCCUGAUCCUCAAGACCCAACUCGGUAACAAGUGGCCGGAGUCGGUGCUCCGGCACUUCGACCUCGACUUUCUCGAUGCGCCUUUUCCGGCCAUUGGAAAAUCCGAGGUCGAAGGCAUUUUCGAUCCUCCUUAUUACGAGUGGUUCCAGUUCAACAAGGAAUUUUCGGAGUACACAAAUUUUGACGAGUGUCUUGAAUUCAUUGAAGAUUACAUGGUCAAGAAUGGACCUUUUGAUGGGCUACUUGGUUUUUCCCAGGGGGCAAUACUGUCAGCUGCUCUGCCUGGUCUACAAGCAAAGGGUUUGGCAUUGACCAAAGUACCUAAAAUUAAGUUCUUGAUAAUAAUUGGAGGGGCAAAAUUCAGGUCGCCUACCGUGGUUGAAAAUGCUUAUUCCACUCCGAUUCAAAUUCCGUCUCUUCACUUUUUAGGAGAGAUGGACUUCUUGAAGCAAUAUGGACUUGAACUGCUGGAAAACUGCGUGGAUCCUUCAGUGAUUCAUCAUCCCAAGGGCCACACGAUACCAAGACUCGAUGAAAAGGGUUUAGAGACCAUUAUGAGCUUCAUUGAGACGAUUCAGAAGAAGUUGGACGAGAAGGAGGAGAAACAGUAAUCAUGUAGCUCUGGUCACACCCAUAUUUUGGAUUCAUAUUUAGGUGUGUUCCUCAAUUUGUGCCCUGUUGGCGCUAUUUUAAGCCAUAUUCUUUUGAUGUUGUUGUUCAAUGGAAACUAAUAAGAAAAAUCUGUACGUGCCAAGAAAGUUCCAUAGAAAAAGUACAUUAAUCUGUCAUCUGUUUGG